UUUGAGCAUUUUCCUUUUAAACCACACUAAUUCGCAUGAAUUGUAUAUGGAUUCGCAUAAACACCCUUUCAGUUCUGCAGACAUAAUGGAGAGAAGCAAAGUCGAAUCCGAAGUUGUCGAAGCUGAAGUAGUUGGUGGAGACGUAGAAAAAUCACUUCCAGUACAGCUGGCUCCAUCGCUAAUUGACUUCGUCCAACUUAUCAUGUCAACCCGAAAGCCGGAUACUGACCCGGUAGAGCUUCAGGCAUUGCCAACACGACACUAUUUAGAAAAAACUGUUGUGCCCGUCCUGAUCCUUGGUCUACAAAGUCUCGUGAAAGAAAGGCCUCCGAAACCAAUCGAGUACCUGGCCGCAUUCCUAAUCAAGAAUAAACAUCUAGAAUGCUG